CGGCAACUGGAGCGGUAGGAGCAGCAAUUUAUCCAUGUGCAGCCCCAAACUGGAAAGAAGAUGCUAAUUAAAGUGAAGACGCUGACCGGAAAGGAGAUUGAGAUUGACAUUGAACCUACAGACAAGGUGGAGCGGAUCAAGGAGCGUGUGGAAGAGAAAGAGGGAAUCCCCCCACAACAGCAGAGGCUCAUCUACAGUGGCAAACAGAUGAAUGAUGAGAAGACAGCAGCUGAUUACAAGAUUUUAGGUGGUUCAGUCCUUCACCUGGUGUUGGCUCUGAGAGGAGGAGGUGGUCUUAGCCAGUAACGGACCCUCCAUUUUACCUCCGUACCGUGUCGCUCAUAAUGAGGCAUCAUAUAUCCUCUCACUCUCUGGGACAACAGAGCCACUGCCCCCUCCCCUGGAUGCCCAGUAUUGUACAUCUACUG